UAUACAUAUAUUCCGUGUGAAAAGUUUUUGCAGUUUUGUUUUGGUAUCAAAAGAUCCUUUUAACUUUGCUGCCUGGACGCAAUAAAAUGGAACAUAGUGCAGAUAUGACAAGUGGGGACAACUAAUAGAUAAAUCUGUCUAUUUAAAAUAAAGGAUGACAAGGAUUUGCCGUGUCUGCGCUGGCCCUGAUGGGCGAUUUUGGAUGGAGACUCCUGUUGAGAAAUAUGCAGGAAAAACUUUCAGUCAAUUGCUGUUCGAUUUGACCAAAAUAGAGAUCACUGCUGCCCAGAUGGAGAAGGUAACGUCCUGGAUAUGCCGCAAUUGUGCCCAUAAAUUGCAGCAUUCGUAUGAUUUUGUCUCCAAGGCUAAGAGAACACACGAGAUGUGGUUGGAAAAAAUGGCCGAUGAUCCUAUCUGUUUACGUGAGACUCCCAUACAUUUAAUGGAGAUUGAAGGGGUAACCAUUAAAAUGGAAGAUGUGGAACCAACUGUACCUACAGCAGUUCCAUGCUCUGUUCCCGAUCCUCUAGUGCGUAUAGGCGUUGAAAAGCGUUGCACAUCUGAUUUAAGCGAGAACGACGAUGAUGCAGAUGAUCAUGAAGACGAUGAUGAUGAUGAGGAUGAUGUUCCGCUAAAGCAGAGAUCUGACUGGAGCAAGUCUCAGGCUUUUGCCAAUUUGAAGAAGCAUAAAUGUAAUCAAUGUAGUAAAGCCUUUAAAUAUAUCACAAAUCUCUACCGACACAAGCGAACGGUACACAUUACCGAUAAGGAUGUUAAGAAAAGUGUAAAGAAAUUAGCAAUAAAUCAAGAGGAAGUAAAUGAAAACGAGGAUGACAACUAUUAUAAAUGCGAUCAGUGUGAUAACUCCUACAAGUAUGUUAUGCUUCUAGUCCAGCACAAGCAAAAAGUUCAUGGAGUCCAUCAAAUGCCCUCAAGUCGAGGGCAAAGGGCAGCCCCACAGCAGAGACCCAAACUGAAUACUGAUAUGCUGGUGCAUAGUCUUCUCAAAGCAGUGGAAAUCUCAGAUGAAGAUGGCAGUUCCAGUUCGGAUAAUUACUACAAAUGCGAUCAAUGUAACAAAUCCUAUAAAUAUAUUGUUAGUCUCAUCAAGCACAAGCAUAAGGAACAUACAGAAAACUCUAGAGAUUCGGACGACGGCGAUGAUCAAAUUCAGGCCUCCACAUCCAACUCUGGUAGCAUCGGUGGUCCUUUAAAGACUUCUCGUAUCAAUAGGCGUGUUCAGGACUUUGACCCCCUUCGUUGUCAACCGAAUGGUUCUAAGGAGAUAAAAUGCAUGAUCUGUUUACGUCGUUUUGCCAAACUGGGUGAACUGCGCUAUCAUCUGAAAUACCACCCACAUGAUUUUGAUUUUGAUGCUCACGGCGAGCCUAUUGAACGAAUAGCUGAGGGUUUCUUCAAGACAGCCGUUGAAUCCACAGCAGAGGGUCUAAAGCGACGCAUUUUUAAGGAUCUUAAUAUGGGAUUGUAUGGUCGUUACUAUUCCAUUACCAACGAGGCACGCUAUGAGUUGAGUCUAGAUAGCUCCGAUACAGAUAGCGAUGGAGGUGAUGCCGAUGCCCAGGUGAUCAUACGGCGCAGUUAUGCUUGUGAAUUGUGUAAUACCUCCAACCAGACGGCAGUUUGGCCUCGCAAAUAUCAGCUUCAUGAUCAUCAUAGGCAAUGUCACACGUGGCUGGAGGCUCCCCAUGUCUGUCAGCGUUGCGACUCGCGUUUCUUGAGCGAAAAACUUCUAGAACAUCACACUAGUCAGCUCUGUAAUAAUACCUUGAAACGUUAUCAAUGCGACAAAUGUCCCCAGCGUUUCUUUUGGCGUAAGAAUUUGCGCUCUCACUUGGUGGAUCAUAAAGAUAAGCAAGAAAAUUAUCCCUGCGAUCAAUGUCAACGUAGUUUUCAGGACAAAAGUUCUGUGACAAGGCAUAAAUUAAUGAUGCAUGCAGAUGGAAAGAGUCAACUUAUAGCUUGCCGUUGGUGCACUCGGGUCUUCUACCGACCAGCACUGCUUCAUAAGCAUCUCCAACGCCAUGGUUUCAGUGGGCAAGACUUACCCUUGGCUGAAACAUUGUUGGCCGAUGCAGCCAAACCCUUAGGGCCGAAGAACAUUCAAUGCAAAAUCUGUGACCUUAGAUUUAUUACGAUUGCAGACUUGCGUGGUCACAUGCGCAUGUUGGAGCACGAUACUCAGAUUUGCAGUUAUAUGAUCAGUACUGAAGCUGGAUUUGAACUGCAACUGGAUGAUACAGAUGAUAGCGACGAUGAUGAUGGUCAUACAAGAAGAUCCUACACAUGUGAUCUCUGUCAUAUGAAAUUCCCACGCAGACGUGAAAUGAGUGAGCAUCAAUACUCGUUACAUACGUUUGAUAAACUGCCACAUACAUGCGAUAAAUGUAUAUACAAAACUGUAGAUAAGCUCAUGUUGAAACAUCAUCAACUGACUCAAUGCCAAAAUGAAGAGAAGAAAUUUAUUUGCACGCAUUGCGGUUACCGAUUCAUGUGGCAAGAGAACCUCGAUAAGCACUUGUCCAGCCAGCAUCCGAAACAAAAAACUAGCAGCUACGAUCAACAGACGCCAAGUUCUUCUAUGCGUCGAAAAAGACGCUUCAGAUACCAAUGUCCGCACUGUUGGCGCUCCUUUGUUGUUCAGCCCAGCUUGGAUAAGCACAUUCGAGACAUGCAUGUGGCUAAAAAGAAUCCGGGCAAGAAAUAUCUCUGUUCUCUCUGCGGACUGGAAUCCCUUACACCCAAUAAAUUAAAUAUUCAUAUGCGUCGCCAUAUGGGGGAAAAACCCUUCAAAUGUGAUCUCUGUGAUAUGAGUUUUACGGUUCAUUAUGAACUGAAAGUGCACAGAAGAAAGCACACAGGCGAACGUCCUUAUAAAUGUACAUUCUGUGACAAACAUUUCGCUCGGCCCGAUAAACUGAGACGUCAUGUCUACAUGCACAGCGAUAAGCGUUAGGCAACUGAGAGGAAGAUUGCCAAUUUUGUGGCUCCUUGUAUGUCUUCAAGUUUAACUUCUCCAACGGUUAUCACUUCAGUUUUAUAUUCAUGCUAUGAGUAUGCACAUAUAGCAUUAAAUUUACCUAAUGUAUGACAAAUGCAUAUGAAAUGACAUCAUUCCCAGCCAGAGAGUGAGAGAGCAAAACAGAGAGACAGCGAGCUUUUAAUACUACUUACAUGAAAGGGUAUACACGGCUCAGGGUUAACCCCCUGUCUUAUGUAUACAAGAUUGAAAUUCUCUCUUUUUAAGGUUUAAGUGAGUUUAAAUGCAUUUUUCCAUUUCUAGGCAUGGAAAUAAAGUGUAAAGUAAGGCAUUAAGAAUAUUUAGAACAUAUUAAUAUUUUAAAUGAAUCAUUAAAAUAAGAUAUAAAGAAUAUUAUUCUUUAAUAAAUCCUUAAAAUA